AAUGACAAAACAAGACGCAGACAUGGACACUUUUUGCAGUGUGCAGAUUCUCCAGCUCUAAAAAAAAAAAAAAGGUGUGUAAACUCUAUUCCCCCCGGUGCAUUAAAGAAAAGAAAAAAAAGAUGGUUAAAUGAGUUUCCUAGGUGGGGUUUACCCUCCUCUACUGUACAUCUCUGCAGCAGCAGCAGCAGCAGCCUGUCUGUCUGUGAAACAGGGACCGGAGGAGGCUCGGAGACGCGUCUGCACAGCGCAGGCUUGGAGCGGGAGGGGGCGGAGGGAGAGAGAGAGAGAGCGAGAGAGAGAGAGAGAGCAAGAGAGAGAGAGAGAGAGAGAUCUGUGACAGCGCUCAUCACCCACUGAACAACCAGGACGGGUUGCAUCCGAGCAAUCGCUGCCAUUCGCAGACGGAGUUUACAGCCUUUGCGCCGCUUUUUCUUUCGAUCUUUUUCUGCCGCACCCCCUCCCUCUCCCGGUGCUGCCCAGCCAGUCGACCAUGGUUUCUAUAAUUUCAGACCUGGACCCUCUGAAAAGCUGGAACGUGUUAAGGCAGGACGCCAGCGACCUCUCCGGACCGAUACAAAGUAACGGCACGGCCGGGAAGAUGAACGGGGCGCUGGAGCACUCGGACCAGCCAGACCCGGACGCCAUCAAGAUGUUUGUGGGCCAGAUCCCGCGCUCCUGGUCAGAGAAGGAGCUGAAGGAGCUGUUUGAGCCGUACGGAGCCGUCUACCAGAUCAACAUCCUCCGAGACCGCAGCCAGAACCCUCCACAGAGCAAAGGCUGCUGUUUUGUCACGUUUUACACAAGGAAAGCUGCCCUUGAAGCCCAGAAUGCACUGCAUAACAUAAAGACCUUAACAGGGAUGCACCACCCAAUUCAGAUGAAACCUGCAGACAGUGAGAAAUCUAAUGCCGUGGAAGACAGGAAGUUGUUCAUCGGCAUGGUGUCGAAGAAGUGCAACGAGAACGACAUCCGGGUCAUGUUCUCUGCGUUCGGACAGAUCGAGGAGUGCCGGAUCCUCCGGGGGCCCGACGGACUGAGCAGAGGUGUGUGUCGCUCCGACUCACUUCCAUCCACACGAUGUGCGUUUGUCACGUUUUCCACCAGAGCUAUGGCACAGAAUGCAAUCAAAGCCAUGCACCAGUCUCAGACUAUGGAGGGCUGCUCGUCUCCCAUCGUGGUGAAGUUCGCCGACACGCAGAAGGACAAGGAGCAGCGGCGUCUGCAGCAGCAGCUGGCGCAGCAGAUGCAGCAGCUGAACAGUGCGACCACCUGGGGGAGCCUGACGGGUCUGGGGGGCCUCACCCCGCAGUAUCUGGCUGUAAGGAGAGCCGCCGCGUCACCCACCAUCACCUCCUCCUCCUCCUCCAUCCCUUACUGCAGCCCCAUGGCCAACGCCGCCGCAUUGCUCCAGCAGGCGACCUCCUCCAGUAACCUAGGAGCCUUCAGCGGGAUCCAGCAGAUGGCCGGUAUGAGUGCUCUGCAGUUGCAGAACCUGGCCACUUUAGCAGCGGCGGCGGCGGCGGCCCAAAACUCAGCCAGUCCCUCCACCGCAAACCCCCUGUCCACCAACGCCGCCUCCCUGGGAGCGUUGGCCAGCCCAGCGGCGGGCACCACAGCCAGCUCAAACGCCGGCGCCAUGAACUCUCUGACCUCUCUGGGCACCCUGCAGGGCCUGGCAGGCGCCACUGUGGGCCUGAACAACAUUAAUGCACUAGCAGGUAGCGUCAACAUUGCUCAAAUGCUCUCAGGUAUGGCGGCUCUAAACGGAGGCCUGGGCGGCGCGGGGCUUACCAACGGGACGGCGGGCACCAUGGACGCGCUGACGCAGGCUUACUCAGGGAUCCAGCAGUACGCCGCCGCAGCGCUGCCCACCCUCUACAGCCAGUCCCUGCUGCAGCAGCAAGGGGCCGCCGGCAGCCAGAAAGAGGGUCCCGAAGGUGCCAACCUGUUCAUCUACCACCUGCCCCAGGAGUUUGGAGACCAGGACAUACUGCAGAUGUUCAUGCCUUUCGGAAACGUGGUCUCUGCCAAAGUCUUCAUCGACAAACAGACAAACCUUAGCAAGUGCUUCGGCUUCGUCAGCUACGACAAUCCAGUGUCGGCACAGGCAGCCAUCCAGGCCAUGAACGGCUUCCAGAUCGGCAUGAAGCGGCUGAAGGUGCAGCUGAAGCGCUCCAAGAACGACAGCAAACCGUACUGAUCUUAGCACUAGGGUCUAUCUGCUCCCCAUGUUAGCACUGCUAGGGUAAGUCCCCCCACGACAAGGUGAAAAUGAACAAAAAAAAACAACAAAAAAAAAACAGCAAACCGAGCCACGACCUCUCUACACAGGGACUGGGGGGGGUGGGGGUGGGGGGGUUGAAGGGGGGGAGGGAGGGAGGGGGGGGGAUGUGGGAGGGAGGGGGAGACGACCUACAACCACCCUGAGGGAGACACACACGCCUUGUUUUUUUGUUUUUUUUUCUUGUUUUUCUUGCUUUUUUGAAGAUUUUUAUGUUAGCUUUCAAGUAUUAUUAUUUAUUACAAUUAUUUCUUUUUUGACACACAUGAACGCUUCCAUUACCGCCAUUACUUUGUGCAAUUUUUUUUCUUUCUUUCUUUCUAUUUUUUUUUUUUUUUUUUUACAAUGGAAGGAAGUAGCUAUCUUGGGUAGCUUUUUUAAAACAAUUCUUUUUUUAUUUCUCAGUGAUUAUUUAUACAUUUUUGAGGACUAGUUACAGUCAGAACCGAGGUAAAGACAAAAGGAGCCAUGAUGAUUUUUAAACAUUUUUUUUCCUCUCUCUCUCUCUCGUUGUGAACCUGAGGCCUGGCGAAGGGUUCAUUUUUUUUGACGCGCACGCCGAUAUGCACAUUUCGACCUUUGACCUCCGCGGUGUUGGUUGCAGGCCGCCGCUGCUUCUCCGAAACCCCUCUAUGCCUGCUGGCAACCCGGGAGCAAAGGCUGCAAAACGUUAGUGGCCUCUUUAUAUUAUAGUCAGUGGCGACGUCAGCCAGUUUCACUCCACCACCACCACAAGAAGAAGAAAAAAACAAAACACACACUCCAGCUACGUCUUAUUAUUUAUGUGAAAAUAAAAUAAAACAGUUUUUUAUUUCUCAGAAGGUGAAAAAAAUAAAUUAGUAACUACUUUUCUGGGUCAGAUCACAUUGGUCUUUGUUGUUGAAAGGGAUAUUACAGCAUGUAGAACAUUUAAAAAAAAGAAGAAAAUCCAGAAUUUGAUGAUGAAGGCUAUAAUGAUAAUAAUUCUAAUAAUGAAAAAAAGAGUUUAUGUGUUUUAGGUGGUAAACUGAAAAUACUUGAUGUUUGUUGAGAGAUUUAAAAAAAAAAAUUCAAAGUACAGAAAGCCACAGGCCUGUAAAUUUUAUUUGUAAAAAAAGCAGUUCUAUUUUUAUACAACAUUUUUACUGCCUCAGAUGAAAAAAAAGGAUUUUAUUUAUUGCCUAUCGUUAAGUUAUUGGACUCCUAUAAAGUAUACAGCAUCAUUAAAGUAGACCCUUGUGGAGAAGUCUCGUGGAAUUGGGUUCUCCGGUGUUUUUCAUGUUUUUUCAGUGCAGAAAUCACGACACACUCCGCCGCCAUUUGAACCGCAAACCCCCCCUCCGCCCUCCCCCGUGUCAUUUAUCCACCCACACACUUCUCUGUGCUUUUCAUCCAUUCAUCCAUCCAUCCAUCCACCCAUCUCUCUCUCUUUUUGCCACUCUCUCCCUCUCUCCAUCCGUAGUGGGACUACUUCUUCACUUGUCAAAUUUCUACCUUUUUCCUCGCGUUUUUUUUUUCUACCAUUUUUUUUCCCACUUAUUUUAUUUAAUUUUUGUUAUUUCAAGUGUUUCCGUUUUUUGUUUGUUCGUAGCCCCCUUAUCCCCCCUUAAAAAAAAACCCUUUCCAAAGAUUUUUCAAAAUUAAAAAAAAAAUAAAGAAAUGAAAAGUCCGCCCUCCCCCUCCUCCCCCCCAAAAAAUAUAUGACUAUUUUCUCCCAAAUGUCAACAUCCAUCUGGGACCUGAUGGAUAAAUUUGGGUGCUCUGUGUGUGUUUUUUGUGUGUGUGUGGAUGCGUGAUUAUGUAUGUGUGUGUGUGUGUGUGUGUGUGUGUUGCCUGUUAGUUAGUAUAGACAUUAUAUAACAUUAUAUCAUUUAAAGAUUUUUAAAAAGAAUCAAAGCUAAAAUGAAAAUCAGUGAGUGGUGUUGCUGUUCUGCCGGUUUGCAUUGUUGUUUGUUUGUUGUUGUUGUUUGUUGUUGUUGUUGUUGUUGUUUCUCCUGAUUUUUACAAAACAAUGCUGUAGUGGUGUGGUGCUCUGGCUCUCUGUGUGUAACUCUCUCCUCUCCCCUGUUUUUUCUUUCCCCCUUUUAGAACAACCCAUCUCCAUGCCUGUUAGCUCAUCGUUUGCCUAGCAUGUCUCCGUGGCGUCCAAAACAAAACUUUAAACAAAACAAACAAAAAAAAAAUCCCCCAACCAAACAAAAAAAAAGUGUCAUCGUCCUCCUCCUCCUCCCCCGUCAUUGUUUUUUCUGAUGUCUUUUCCGAGCUCACCUGAUCAUAACCUGGUUCUCCUCCUCCUCCUCCGCCGCCGCCUACUGAAUUUUGAACUUUUUAGCUUUUUUGGACUUUGAUUUUUAUGAUUUUUUUUGUUUUUUUUGUUUUUUUGUUUUUUUGCAUGUGACCUCAUUUGGAUCUGUUUUCCGGGAGGGUUUCAGGGAGGGAGGGAGGGAGGUGACAAAAAGAGGGGAGGGGAGGGGGGUGGGUGUGAGAAAAUGAAUCAAUGUGAAAAAGAUAUACUAAAAAGCUGCAUUCAUAUGAAAAACUUAAAAAAGACUGAGAUUUUUAUGGAAAAACAAAUGUUUCUUUUUGGAGAUAUAAAAAAAAAAAUCAACAACCUGUGGCAAAGUGAUUUCCAUUCAGUAUGUUUUCCUUGCAUUUUUUUUGUUCCUUCUUCUUCUUCUUCUUCUUCUUUUAUGUCAGUUUUUUUUCUCUUCUUCUUCAUUUAAAGUAAACUUGAAAGUUCACUACAGGAAUUGGCGCGUCAUCUUGCUUCUGGCGCCGCCCGAAAAACUCAAAAAAAAGCGCGGAAGCCAGAAGCAGUCCGCGCCAGUUUCUCUGAAAAAUAAGACUACUUCCAAACAGUUUUGAAAUAGAAACUGUCUGAUCAAUAUUAGACUCUCUCAGAGCUCUCCAAUGGUUUUUACAUUUUUCAGGCAGUGUAAAGUUUUUUGAUAAGGCCAUUUUAAGUGGCUCUGUUUCUCAUUCAAAGUCUAUAUAUAGAACCACUUUUUUCUAGAGUAGUUUAAAGGUAAAAAUAAAAAAAGACAUUUGCCCUGUUUGGGUGGGAGAAAUGCUACCUACUUGUGUCACCUUUUGCUGAACUGACUCACAGAUAGACAAUCCGUGGUUUAAAUGCACAUGAUGAAAUGACCUAUAUUUUCUACUGUUUAAAUGUAUAGAGGAAAAAAAAAAUACUAAGAUACCUGUAACCUGCGUUAACGUCGGUACUUCUCGUGAGUUUAGUUGUGGUUUCAUCACAAGUCUAACGGUCUUAAAUGUCUCAUGUUUUUCAAGAGAAGACUAAAAAAUCAGUUUACUUGAACAAUAGACAAAGCCUUUCAUAUUACUAUAAUAGUUACUUUGUUGUUUCUUUUUCCUUUUGAUUUCUUCUUUUUUUAAGGAGUCCCUAUUUGCUAAAUUUCUUGUUGGUUAAUUAGCUAUAUAAAAUUCCUAAAAAUAUAUAUAAAUAUAAAUAUAUCUAUAUAUAUAUAAUGUCAGCUUGUGAAGCAUCAAUGUCAUUAUUAUUUUAUUUCUCUCGUGGGAAACAAUAUUUAGAUGUGUUUUGUUGUUCAGCAAAAUGUCUUAUAAAGAAAAAAAGACAAGAUCAGUGGAGUUUAGUGCCAAAUUCUGAAGGUACUUCCUGCCUAGCGCGUCAGUGUAUUUCUUGUGAAAUUAUUUGAUAACAUGGGUAUUUUAUUAUAAGUGUUUUGUAUGGAUCCCUCAUAUUUAAAAUAUAGAUUUAAAAAAGAGUUUGUUAACUUGCUAUUCUGUGGUCUUGUUGCCUGAAAAUGUCAUGUUUGCUUUUUUUCUUUGUAAAGAUGUAACAAAAAGAAAACCACACAAAAAAAAGUGCCCAUGUGUCAUAUAUAUAUCUAUAUACACGCACACACGGACACACACACACACAUUCUCGUGCAGACCUCACAGUUUACUUUCUUGUUGUGCAUGAGAGCCCCUGAGCGCGAAAAAAGCCUCCGACAGCGAGCGCCGCCGCCCCGCCAGCGUGCACGCACACACUUUAAAGAACCAGAAUCGCGCACUGAUAUUUUUAGCCAUUGUACAGCCGUUUUAUUCAUCAAAGCCUUACCACAAAUCUUUGCACUCCUGUUCUCUCUCUAUUAGUAUCUCGCACACACAGACAUCAGGCUUCGGCAUGUAUUGUUUUGAUUGUUUUUCUCGCGCGCGCUGUCCUCAAAAAAAGAGAAAAAAUUGAAGCGGGAGUCAUACGCGAAGCCUUAUUUCUCUCCAAAAUCCUCUUAUCCCUUUUGUUGGAUUCUUAAAAAAAAACAUUUCUUGAGUCGUAGCCGGCCGGCGAGGAUCAUUACUUUUUGUGUAUCACCUCAGACGAGCACGCUUCGCUUUCAUGAUGUAAGCACAGGGCAAGAGCCGCUCAUUCAUUCACAAAUGAGAAGAAAAAAAAAAGCACACACACGAGUCGGUUAGUCGGGAAAACAAAAAAAACUGAGAGAGAGGCGGGACGGUCCCGAGCCAGUUUGAUUUCUUCUCCUUUGACGUCUUUUUAAUGGUUGUAAGACUUCUCCAUACGUGGGCCAAAAUCAUGUUUAGAUGCCAAAGUGUGUUAUUGACAUUGUCACAGUCGAGCCGUUUACAUGGCACAGUGUUUAUGUGUCAGUCUAUUCAACUGCCCCGAUACCCGCCUCCCUGAAAGCCUAGUUUACGGUCUGCAAAAAAGAGAAGAAAAGAGGAAAAAAAGGCAGCAUUAUUUUCUACAGAAGCUCACCAGUCGCCUUAACCAGGGAGCGUCGUACCAGUAUUAUUCUAAGAGUAGAAGAUGUUGUCAGUCAGUCAGUGAUGUGUGCAAAAGUCCAGUGUACAGUGAGUAAAGUGUCCGGGUUUUUCUGCCAUUUUCGUCCGAGAAGGGAAAAAAGGCCUCGUCCUCCUCGCAGGAGAAAGAGGAGUUUGAAGCGUGCCGCUCGCUCUCCUCUCCGUCUCGGUUGUUGUCUCCCAGGCUAACCGGGGUUAUUAGAAACAGGGCUAUGUGGAGAGACGUCUUAUUGGAAUAGCGACAGGGGAAAUAAAGCGCUUGUUGGCUGGUAGAGGGAAGGGUCACGUCCGCAGGUCCACACAGGCAAAACAACAGCCACACAGCCGAGAUGAAGGCAACACAGCUUUCAUUAUCCUCUCAAAGACCAAACCCAAUACCAAACUUUUUAUGUGAUCUCAUGGAAAAGGGAGGGAGGCGAGCAGACUUCUUUUUUUUUUUUUUUUUUCCUAAAAUGCAGUACACACACAUGAGCAGUGCCACAAAACAGCCAUAACUACCUGUAUGUAUGAAAAGCUGGCCAAUCAGUGUUAACGGACCACUUCUCUGACCAGGUUUAUUCAUAACCGCUGCAGAAAAAUCUAUUGCACAUUUCACAUUUUAUUCGUUAAGUGUGGAGGCGAUACACGACUCCUAUACUGCCCUACAGAGCCUAACUACAGUAACUACGCAAAGGGUUAAACUGAGAAAAACUGUUUUUUAACUGGUCAUAUGACACUUAUUUCUAGGAGUAUUGAUCAUGUCAUUUUAAUGCACAAAAAUCAUGAUGAUUUAUUUGACCUCGACCCCAAAAAUUAUUCUAUUGCCCCCGCGACCCGGCCCGGGAUAUGCAGACAAGAAUGGAUGGAUGGAUAUGAUUUUAUCUCACUUUUUUUACUUAAUCACUAUCUAGAUAAUACUUUCCCUAUUAAAUAAACUGAUAAUUUCUAUUAUUCUUGUCUUCACUUUUCAACACAAUGAAGAAAUACAAGGCUGCACAGUAUCACAGUCAAAGUAGACAGUCUGCUGUGGUUGCAUGUUUAAAUUUGCAUAUAUCUAUAUAGAUACACUGUAAAAAAAAUGUUUGUAGAAAUUACAGUGAAACACUGUCAAAUUACAUCAGAAAUAGGGCGUAAAAUGAAAAGUUGUUUAUCACCGUAGUAGACACUUUUAAUUACUGUAAAUCAAAGAAUAGCACAAAACUUUUACUUUUACUGUCAUAAACAGUAGAAAACACAGUUUUACUAUAAGACUAUAAAAUUUCCAUGUAAAGUUAAUGGAGAAAUACCCUAAAAAUAACGGCAAUAUUCAGUCUAAAUUACAGUUUUUGCUGAUAUUUACAUUUAAAUUUACCGUAGAAAACGGUGAAGUUCUGGCAAUUACUUAAUUGCAAUCUAAAACUUUGUCAAUACACUGUCAAAUUGCAUCAGAAAUAGGUCGUAAAAUUAAACACUGUAGACACUUUUAAUUACCUUAAAUCAAAGAAUAGCAUAGAAAUUUGAAUUCUACCGUCAAAAACUGUAAAAAAUUCUACUGUAAAAAAAUAUAAAAUUUCCUUUCAUCCAUUCUCGUCCGCUUAUCCGAGGCCGGGUCGCGGGGGCAGCAGGCUAAGAAGGGCCCUUCUCUACUAUAAUCUACAAAAAUACUUUUUUUUUUUUUUUACAGUGUAGAUAAAACAGACAUCAAAGUACAUUUUUAACUCAAUUUCAACCAAAACUGUAGUUACUGCAGUUCGGUUUUGCAGGGCAGAAUUCUACUACUUUAUACGGCUGUCCGCGUCCCAAAUAGUACAAAAAAAACAACGUCUUUGCCAAAAUCUCACCGAGUUGCACACAGCCUGACGUUGCACAGUCUCGUGUGAAGCAUCUUGUCUUUGUUUCAAUGUCGAAGCACAAGAGGGUCGCGGAGCCGCGUUCCUGCGGAGCGUCUCGCCUCAGGGGCUGUCAGCGCCGAUGCUCGUUGUAAUCUUUCUAUCUUGUCACUGUUCACUUCUCUGUUCUCCUUCUUUCUUAAUUAUCUUAAGUGCUAUUUAUCAAACAAUGAAAUCUGAAAGGAUAAAAAAAAAAAAAAAAUUGAACUUGUCGUUUCUUUGCAUUAUGGCUUAUGUCAAAAAGUUUUUUGGAGGAAAAAAAUGUUUUGUGUGUUCUCUCUUUCCGUGCCGUAAAAGAAAAAAAAAAGAGCUUGUUGUCUGUAGAAAAUUAUCCAAAUUUGCUUUUUUUUUUCUUUCUUUUGUUUGUUUUCAAAAAAAAAGGUUUUCAGUAGUUUUCAAAGUUAUUGUCUUGAGAGAAGCCAAAGUCAAUGCAUUUCAGUGGAUCCUGUAAGCGUGAUGUAUGUUUGUUUGACAACACUUCGAAAUCUGUCACUGGAUGGGAUUUAAAAAGUACAAAAAAUGCAGGCUUUCCUAUUUCUACAACUGAUUGUACUUAUGCAUUUUGUACCAGUGGAAUUUUUUAUACUGGAGAUUAAAGGAUACAACAAAAAAAUCUUAGAAAAAAAGCUGUCUGGCCUGGUGGUGUGGCCUGACCCUGACUGGUCCCCGAGUAUGAUUUCUAGCUGGCAUCAAGAACGUUGGCUUUUGAUAUAAGAUUUUCUAGAAGAAUCUUUGGCUUUAUUUCUUUCACUUCUUUUUCCUCACUUGAGUGUUGUUCUUUCUUUCUGCCUUCCUUUUUUAUUUCCUCGUUAUUUCUUUCUUUUAUUUCCCGAAAAACAAAGAGGGUAGGUGAGUGUCAGAUCUUUUAAUUUUUUUAUUUUAUUUUAUUUUUUUUGCUUUUUUUUAAAAAUAGUUCUAGCAAGUUUGUCUAUACAACAGCGGUAAGUUUCAUUUGACUUCUGUAUUGUGCCGUCUACACGAUAAGACAAUUAUAGAAAAAGAAGGAAUAGAAAUAUUUAGUCACCUUCAGUGGAUUAAUGUAUUAGUUUAAUAAAGAGAUCAACUAAUUAGAAACUUUUUUGCUUUUAGCUGUUUAGAUUUUUCCGGUUUCUCUGUCCUUCUCUGUGAACUAACUGUGUAGCUGAAGCAGUCAGAAUUAUUUUUGUAAACGUAUGUUCUUGUGUGAUGCAGUUUUUUGCUUCUGUCUCCUAUAUUAAACCAUUUUUCCUAAUA